AUGGCCAUCGUGCAAAGACGUCUCGUCACUAUGUCUUGCGAAGCUAGCAUCCACUUGACAUUCCCUGCUUUUGUUUUCCUGGGUUUCCUGGCUGAGAUUGUCUCCUCAUACCCAGUGGCAAGCAGAACAAAUGGCACCCUGCUGGAGAGAGGAUGGGAGUCACUCUUGUCUAGGUCUCUUGCUGGAAUGUCAGGAGAGAGAUCAGAAGUCAACUGGGAGACUGACUAUUUGCUAGGAAUCAAGCGGCAACGGAAGCUUUAUUGCAAUGUGGGCAUUGGGUUUCACCUCCAGAUAUUUCCAGAUGGAAGGAUCAGUGGCGCUCACGCUGAAAACCAAUACAGUCUUCUGGAAAUAUCAACAGUCCAGCGAGGUGUGGUUAGUCUGUUUGGUGUGAGAAGCACCCUUUUUAUUGCAAUGAACCAUAAAGGAAGAUUAUACGGCACUGCAACUUUUCAAGACGAGUGCAAAUUCAGAGAAAUCCUGCUUCCCAAUAACUACAAUGCCUAUGAAUCUUUCCCCUACAGAGGCUCUUACAUAGCACUCAGCAAAUAUGGGAAAGUGAAGCGAGGAUGCAAAGUUUCUCCUGCUCAGACAGUCACACACUUUUUACCCAGAUUGUGA